CCUCAUACUCAUGGGCUUGUCGUGCGGGGACCGCGAGUUCCCCUGACAAAUCGUCUCGUCCGGGCCUUGCGCCUUCAAAGCCAAAUUGAGCAGGCUGAGACUCUGUGGCUGCACAUGUUGUGCUGAACAAUGGGCAGAGGGUGGGCCAAACAUCCUCACAUAACCAUCUACGCUUCCUUAGUAAUCACAUCCAACGCAUCGCCCUGUUCUCGUAACACCGGUGCAAACAAUGGCAGCUCUACUUGGUGACAUCGAAGAUCCUAGCUACCACUCAUUUGAAGUCGCGGAAACCGCUCAAUCAUCAGAUUUCCAACUUCAAGAAGAUCAUAAGCCGCGCUUACGUCUGCGCGAAGUCUCAGCCUUGCGUCAUUUUCUGCCUUCUUGACAUGAGCCGCAUCUUAGGACACGCCUCUGCCUCGCAAUAUUUUUCCCUUUCCCUCACCUCGGUCCUCUGUGGCCAUCCCUUCGCUUAGACGGAUGCGAAUCAUGGUUCGGAAGGGUGGGCCGACCCGUCCUGGGGAGCAGAAGAUGGUUGACAUCAGUCGCAAACGGCAACGCCAAGCUCGUCCGAAUCUCCGGGUCCCAGGUCAAUCUACGUCUCCCUCUUCGCAUACACCAUCUUCUCAUUAUGAGCAUCUCAGCAUCCAACAGAAGAAGCAAAUUCGACCGUUCGUGUUCCUCGACCUGCCAGGAGAAAUCAGGAACAUGAUAUAUGCGUAUCUGCUUCAGCCCAAGCGGUACCUGGCUGCUGGUCCCAUCCCAUUUCCUAGCUCACGCGAAUGGGACAGUAACAGUGGCGCUGUCGGAUCAGGCCGAGUGUUGUUGCAGUGCAAUCCAAUCGACAACAGCCUCGUCCCAAUGCGUGCGUAUGGCUAUGGCUACCCGGAUCUUCGCGUUAUGCGGCUUUCCAAAGCUGUUAACGCCGAAGCGAUGCAAUUCUUCCACCACAAGCACCACUUCGAGGUCUUCGUCAGAGUUGGACACCAAUCCUUCGUACCAAGCCUCUCCAGCAACUUCCGCAUAGACUUCGUCAGAGAUCUUCGACUUCUUUUUGUUAUCAACGAGUGUUGCUGUAGCAUUGGCUUUGAUACUUCCAUUGACCUCGGCCCUUUGCUCGGCCUGGCUAUAUCGCUUCGAGCAAUACGGAUCGCAAUACAGCUCUGUGGCCAAAGCACCAUUAAGAGCACCCCUUCAGCUUUUUUAAUUGGCUUCGUCGCCCAGAUAAUCAACUCCGUACCGCCAAAAGUUGAUAUACUUUGGGAGAACUGGAAGGGUCACGGCAAAGUGGGAAGCCAAGCCUGGCCAGACGAGCUUUGGCACUUUGCUCCCGUCGACGUCGACGUUUCUACUUUGGAAAUGAUCGCGAAGAGAUGGCUUCGCGGCUAGCAAGUCACUCCUCAAGAAUUUGCCUGUUUACAAGAAAUGGAAGUAACAAUAGAAUAGCAUUAGCAUUAGAGGUGUCCUCACCCGACAAAGGAAUGCAGAUUAAAUUCUGGCAAAGGCGCCAACAUUAAGGUGCAACUAUGUUCCGUUGCACUCUCGCAAAAUGAAUUGCAAUUUAUAAAUAAUCGAUACAAUUGCUUGGAUUAUUACAGGGUGGGCCUGGACUUUUUCCGCAAAAAUUAACAUGAAGGAGGAAAGAAAAGCCACUGUGAUACCAAAAGCUAUGUUAAUAAAGUGGGUCUUCCUCCACAAAGGGUCGGUCCGAAGCGCCGCAAAGCCGAAGAUUGCAUCCUGCGGAUCACUGCAUUCAUGUAGACCCUAGUUCAAGAUUGCGACAGCAUUUGUAUAUAGAGAUGCACGGAGUUAUGCUGACGUGAAUCGGCUCGAACAUGAGUUCUUCGUCCAGCUGCCUGACCUACAAUGUCUGUGAUUGACUUUUCGAUGGCACCCAAGCAGAGUACCCAUAUACUAGAUAGUUCUACCUGCUUAGUUCUAAAACGGAUUCUUCACAAG